AUGGAGAAGUUUGUGAAGGUUUAUGCUGAAGUCUUGCAAGUUAAGGAGGAGUGUUCUGCGGACGGCAUCGUAUGUACAGAACUCGAAAAAGAAAUGUUGGGUAGUUUCGAUUUGCCCACAAUUACACAAAGGGGAAUAAUAACAAAUGGAAAUGGAACGAUCAAGAAAGAAGUAUUAGUUAAACAUGACCAGGAACUUAUGCUUGUUAAAUAUCUUAUAAAUACAAAGGAAAUCUCGAACUUGGUGUAUGCAGUUCGAAAGUUGGACGGUGACACAGAUGUUGAUGUUAUCUUGCUACUCGACUACGACACAUCGAUUCUAAAGAUGGCACAUAUUUUGACUACAAACAAUAAAAGACUUAUUAAAAUGGGAGCCAAUUUCAUUGACCGACAAAUGAGUUUGGAAAACAAGCAGAAGAAAUCUGUUGAGAUGAAUAGCUGUAAGAUAAGCAACAAAGAUGUAAAAAGUGAUGUUUACUGUAUGUUUGACAUUAAUGGGACGUCGAUUGACAGAGAUCAAUUCCUGCUCUCCCUACCAGGCACAAAGGCUAUUCGAAACCUUGUUAAGUCUUUUAAAUGGAAACGAGUCAUCAUUUUCUAUGAAACAUCAACAGAGGAUGAAAUGACUGCGCUUGUUGAUGGUUUGUCGCUUGACAGAGUUAUGUUUGCACUGUUCAAUAUCGAGCAUGUCGAAAAUCUGCACAGUAUUCUACAACAAAUAUACACAUCCAGUAUGAAAAGUGACCGAGGAAUAAACGUCAUAGUUGUAUGUAGGUACGAAUGCACGGGACAUAUAAUGAACACGGCAAAUAGGUUCGACUCGGUAAACAGUAAUAAAACUUUGUUAAAGAAGUUUGCGAAAUGGUUGAUAUUGUUGUAUGGUCAGAGGAGAGGAUCAAUUCAGGCACUACAGAAAUGCUCCAACGACCUUGACAACGUUGCCGUUAUCUCAAUCCCAGAGUUCAGUAAGAUAAAUAUAAAGAUGAUGUAUGGUCUUAUAGAAUCAUCACUCUUAGACGCCCUUAAGGAGCAACUGACAAUCAAAAGUCAUAGCAAAUUUCGAAAUGACUUCUUGGACAAUCUAGAAAGGGUUG